AUGGCACAACGACGUUCGGCAAAAGAUGGCUCUUGGGGCGGUGUGCAGGUGUUGGAAAUUCACCUUGGAGUCACUUCCCGCCUUGUGGUCGCACAUAAUUCUGGUCCCGCGAAUGCCUCAGUAUUACAUCGACAAGGUUUUUCGACUUGCCAAGCAAGCUCCAAACGUUUGAGCAUCGACCUUGACCUGGACUCAAAAUUGGAUACCAUGUUUUUGUCUUCGAUUGCCGCUCUGCUGGUUGCCAAAGCGGAGACAGUCACUCAUAUCUCCGUUCAAUAUAUUUCCUAUUCCGCCUGGAACACAUUUGUCGACCAUUUAUCAGCGGCCAGUCCUCAACCCCGCUUUCUCUCGCUCAGAUCCUUCUAUGCGACUUCUCCUACCGCCCUGCACAACCAACUCGAAGAUGCCGUCCCACAUUCGUUUCCAGAUCUCGCAGCAAACCUCCAAGUCCUUUAUCUUGACGGAUUGCCUCCGUCGUCGUUUGUCGUUGGUCCCAACCUGAUAUCGUUGGCCUUAACAAACCUUGACUUGGCCCAGGACGAUACGGCAUCUUUCACUUUCACGACGACAUUGCUGAACUCUCUUCGCCAAACUCCCCAUCUCGAAACGCUUUUCAUUGAUGUGGAUGAGUCCAUCACAUACCAGCCUGCGCCCCACCAACCAGUCGUUCUGCCUUGCCUCCACACCCUAUCCUUUCUUUGUAAUACGCCCUUUCCACAUUGCUGCGGUUUCUUGCUUUCCCCAAUCCACCUUCCCAAGCUACACAGUCUCUCAUUGCAUCUGGCCAGUGUGCACAAUACCAACAGCUUCAUCUCGGUCAACGGGACCCACCUUUCGACCAUUGUUGUGCUGCGUCUCAUCGGCGAUAUUUCGGUCUAUAUUGAGCCAGCUGAUGGUCCAGCAAAGCUCUUGUCCUCGUUGACAGGGAGCAGGCUUCGUCAUUUGAACUUUCUUGAUGUCGACGGGCUAUUUCCGUUCGAUAGCGAACACAACGCCUUCAUCCAAACGCAAUUCCUUGAAAUUCUCGCCCAUGCACUUUCUCUUCCGAAUGUUCGCCUUGUGGUCAUACCGCCGUUAUUCUCGCCCCGUCCCAGCCUCGCGUGCAAGCUUGAUCAGGUCCUUGCUUGA